AUUUCAUAUAGUCAAACAUUUAGUGGUGUUAGCUCAUCACAAUCAUGAUCAAUUGGAUGCUAUUGAUUCAUUUUCAAGCCUUUGAUGACAUGGCCGGAAUAGAUAAAGUUAAAAUUUUGGUGCUUGGAGAUUCAGGUGUUGGGAAGACUUCUUUAGUGCAUUUAAUGUGCCAGAAUGAACCAACAACAAAUCCCAGUUGGACGAUUGGUUGUUCAGUCGAUGUCAAGUUACAUGAGUAUAAGGCAGGUACAGCAGCAGAGAAGACUUAUUUUGUAGAAUUAUGGGAUAUAGGAGGAUGUACAGGUCACCAGAAUAGCAGAGGUAUCUUCUAUAAUCCAGUAAAUGGAAUUAUUCUUGUGCAUGAUUUAACCAAUAGAAAAUCCCAGCAUAAUUUAAGAUCCUGGUUAGCUGAAGUACUGAGGAAGGAUUGUAAAUCACAAGGAAAUGGGAAUGACUAUGAUCCUGAAGAGUUUGCUGGUAACCAGAUCCCUUUACUUGUGAUAGGAACCAAAGCUGAUCAAGCUGAAAAUAUGAGAGAUAAGGGAAAAUCCCGAACAUCAUCUGUAGCUGAAGAGUUUGGUGCUGACCAGUUUGAUCUGGAUUGUCAGGGUGUGAAAUACCUUGCCCCAGGGUCAACUAAUUCUGUAAAAUUAUCCAGAUUUUUUGACAAAGUCAUUGAGAGGAGAUAUUACUCAAGGGAGCUUUCUGCUGUAUCAGGGUCAAGGUCACUACUCUCCACAACUGGAUCGGAGACGGUUCAAGAACUCUCAUGUAGAUUGACUAGAAUAUGGUAGUGAGUUAGUUGGGAAAUGGACUAGUUGAACAUUUAGUGGUGCAUAAUUUACAGACAAUUGAGGGAGGAAAAAAGUGUUCAUUAUGUGAUACUGUGAUAAUUAUAAUGGUGUAUAGUACUUUGACUAAUUUUUAGAUUUUGGUGUUAAUUAUUUAUAUUUGUAUAGGAGCUUUAGUAUUAAAGGUGUGAAUGUAAAAAAAUACCCCAUCUUCUCCACAAUUAUCAUUACGCCUAAAGCUUAGCUUGGUGCAUAGCAUUGUCUAGUUGAUGUCAAUCAAUUUUAUUCAAAUCAAUCAUGACAUUGGGAUCAAAAUUGGUAUCUAAGUUCAAGGGUCAUUGGAAUUUACACAGUCACUAUUAUAGGAAAAACAUUAAAAUAUCUUCAUAACUACAAGGCCCAAAAAGCUAAUAGAUGUAGCAUUGUCUAGUAAAACACUUAAAGGGACUCCACUGAGGUUUAUAAGUCUAAAAACAUAACAUUUGAAUUUCUUACAUAAAGGAGCUGGGGCACUUUAAACAGUAAUAUAUCAAAGAUAGUUUAGAAAUAUACUUUGAAAUAAAUUGAAAAUCAUAUUUUUAUGAUUUUCUUAGCCUAAUUUGAGUGAAAAGUGUUUAAACGUUCUGGAAAAAAAGUGUGCACGAAUGAUCUAAAAUUUUGCACAAAAACCUACAUCAAUAGUACAAUUAUCUGGAAAAAUAUUUUCAGUCCCAUCAUGUCAAAAAACCUCAGUGGAGUCCCUUUAACAAGUUUGUUAAAAUCUUCAAAAUGGGCCUUGCCUAAAGGAGUAAUGUCAUUUAUCAUAAAUUCAUAUUGGUGAGACCUUUGAAAUUUUCUUCUCUAUAUUUUUAAUGGCCUUGCCCAAUGGAACCCAGGAUUUUACUACAUGUCAUAUUGAAACUGGUUCUCUACAUAAGUGAUACAAAUUAUGUCCCUGGGACUAAAAUUGUCCAGGCACUGGGGUCACUUUUGUUACAUUUACUACAUAUGGGAAAACAUGCAGUGGUUAAGGUGUCUGCCUCUCAACCCAGGGGACACAGGUUCCAGCACUUCUCAGGUCACAGCCAGUAGUAUUCCUCAUAUUACACCACAAGUACUUAGCAGAGUUGAAAAUGAUGUUGUUGCAAGACGCUGUUUUUUAAAUGAGCUGAAAUUAAUAUGUUGAAACUUAAAAUAUUAAUUUGAAAUAUUUUCUCUACAGAAACUUGCAAUGCCAAGGGAUAAUCUUCUGGUCUUUAUCUUUAUUAGAAACAAGUAUUAUUAUGAUUAUACCAAAAGAUAUGUACUCAGAGGUUAGCUUUUGUGACUGCCUGAUGUUUAUUUUCUGUUAUUGCCUACUCCAAUCCACUACAAUAUCUAGAAUUUUUGUAAAUUGAAUAGCUUUAUUAGGAGUAUUCAAAUUUUGGGAUUGAUUUUUAGCUGGACUUUUUUUUU